CAUCCUCUUCCCCCUCCCUUCCGCUUGGGCUUGUUCUGCCUAGUUGGGCGGGAAGGCCGCACCCGCCCGCCCGCGGGGAAUGCUGGACUGGGCUCCUUGUCCAAAGUUCCCGGGAUUGAUCCUGGAAGCCGUGGGUAGGGUGGCCGGCUCCAAGCUUUCGGGUCAGCCUCCUUAAACUUCGUGACACCUAAGAAAAGGUGGUCAAGUCCUCUUUUCAAGAGAAGAUGACUUUUAACAGUUUUGAAGGAUCUAGAACUUGUGUACCUGCAGACACCAAUAAGGAUGAAGAAUUUGUAGAAGAGUUUAAUAGAUUAAAAACGUUUGCUACCUUUCCAAGUAGUUGUCCUGUUUCAGCAUCAACAUUGGCACGGGCAGGGUUUCUUUAUACUGGUGAAGGAGAUACUGUGCAGUGCUUUAGUUGUCACGCAGCAGUAGAUAGAUGGCAAUAUGGAGACUCAGCUGUUGGAAGACACAGGAAAAUAUCCCCAAAUUGCAGAUUUAUCAAUGGUUUUUAUUUUGAAAACAGUGCCACACAGUCUGCAAAUCCUGGUGUCCAAAAUGGCCAGUACAAAGCUGAAAACUAUGUGGGAAACAGAAAUCAUUUUGCUCUUGACAGACCAUCUGAGACUCAAGCAGAUUAUCUUUUGAGAACUGGACAGGUUGUAGAUAUUUCAGACACCAUAUUCCCGAGGAACCCUGCCAUGUGUAGUGAAGAAGCCAGACUGAAGUCAUUUCAUAACUGGCCAGACUAUGCUCAUAUAACCCCCAGAGAGUUAGCUAGUGCUGGCCUCUACUACACAGGGAUUGAUGAUCAAGUGCAGUGUUUUUGUUGUGGUGGAAAACUGAAAAAUUGGGAGCCCUGUGACCGCGCCUGGUCAGAACACAGGAGACACUUUCCCAACUGCUUCUUUGUUUUGGGCCGGAAUGUUAAUGUUCGAAGUGAAUCUGGUGUGAGUUCUGAUAGGAAUUUCCCAAAUUCGACAAUUUCUCCAAGAAAUCCAGCCAUGGCAGAAUAUGAAGCACGGAUCAUUACUUUUGGAACAUGGAUAUACUCAGUUAACAAGGAGCAGCUUGCAAGAGCUGGAUUUUAUGCUUUAGGUGAAGGUGACAAAGUGAAAUGCUUUCACUGUGGAGGAGGGCUCACAGAUUGGAAGCCAAAUGAAGACCCUUGGGAACAGCAUGCUAAAUGGUUUCCAGGGUGUAAAUAUCUAUUGGAUGAGAAGGGGCAAGAAUAUAUAAAUAAUAUUCAUUUAACCCAUUCGCUUGGGGAAUCUUUGGUAAGAACUGCUGAAAAAACACCUUCACUAACUAAAAGAAUCGAUGAUACCAUCUUCCAGAAUCCUAUGGUACAAGAAGCUAUACGAAUGGGAUUCAGUUUCAGGGACAUUAAGAAAACAAUGGAAGAAAAAAUCCAAACAUCUGGGAGCAGCUAUCCAUCACUUGAGGUUCUGAUUGCAGAUCUAUUGAGUGCUCAGAAAGAUAAUACACAGGAUGAAUCAAGUCAGACUUCAUUGCAGAAAGACAUUAGUACAGAAGAGCAGCUAAGGCGCCUACAAGAGGAGAAGCUUUGCAAAAUCUGCAUGGAUAGAAAUAUUGCUGUAGUUUUUGUUCCUUGUGGACAUCUGGUCACUUGUAAACAAUGUGCCGAAGCAGUCGACAAAUGUCCCAUGUGCUACACAAUCAUUACGUUCAAGCAAAAAAUUUUUAUGUCUUAAUUCAGAGCCACAGUAGACAUGUUCUUCUUACUCUAAUUGAAUGUGUGAUAUGAGCAAACUUUAAGUAAUCAGCAUUGCAUUCCAUUAGCAUCUGCUCCCAAGUGGAAACAAAUGUUAACAGCACUGUUGCAGUCUAAACUUUGAAUUUCUAGAUCUUUUAGGCUAUUAGCUAUAUUGUUUAUCCAGUAUUUUACUCAAUUGAAACCUUAGACAAAGAAGCAUUUAAUAUUAUAACAUUUUACCUUGUGUAUUUGUAGUAUACUGGUUUGAUUUUUAUGUGUAAGUGAAUUAAUCACCUGCAUUUUUUCAUUCCUUUCAGAUAAGCUUAAUAAAUGGGGUGUUCUGUAUAAGCAGGGAGAUUUCAGUUAAUCCGCCCAAUCACUUAAUUUGUGUAUUGUGAAUAGGGAAGAACUGUUUCACACUGGUGGGAGGAUAAACAUUGUUUUUAGAUGUUUGUCCGUGUUUUAGGAUUUUGUCUGUUUCCUUUCAAAAUUAUAAACGUACUUGUAUGAAUGAUUUUUUAAAAGUGAUUUUGCCAUCUCCCAAAAGAUAUUAAAUGAUAGACUACUAUCUAACUAGCAUAUACUAACAUGGAAAGACAACAAAGAUACAGUAAGUGUAAAAUACAAAUGGCAAAACACUAUGUAUAGUUUUAGUCAAAUCAAGGUGUGUGAAUUUUAUAUCUGUACAGGACAAAAAAGAUUUGGAAAGAUAUGCAUCACACUCUUAAAUAUGUUUUUUUUUUCUUGAGGGGGUGGGGGCAUGGGUCUUAGGGGGGCUUAUAGGUGCCCUUCUUUUUUUAUUGAACUUUAUAUAACUAUGUAUUACUUUUAUAUAAUCAUAAUUUUUAGAAAAUAUUUUACUGAUUUAAAGGCUUAGGCAUGUUCAAACGUCUGCAAAACUACUUAUCACUCAGUUUCAGUUUUUCUAAUCCAAGAAGGCAGGCCAGUUAAUUUUCUGGUGCCAAUGUGAAAUUUAAAUGUUUUUGUUUUACCUGCUUUGUGGAUGAAAAAUACUUCUGAGUGGUAGUUUUCUGACAGGUAGACCAUGUCUUCUUAUCUUUUUUCAAAAUAAAUAUUCCUGAUUUUGUAAAAUGAAAUAUAAAUUAUGUCUCAGAUCUUCCAAUUAAUUAGUAAGGAUUCAUCCUUAAUCCUUGCUAAUUUAAGCCUGCCUAAGUCACUUUACUAAAAGAUCUUUGUUAACCCAGUAUUUUAAACAUCUGUCUGCUUAUGUAGGUAAAAGUAGAAGCAUGUUUGUAUGCUGCUUGUAGUUUUAGUGACAGCUUUUCAUGUUGAGAUUCCCAUGUCAUUUUGUGUCCUGAAAGUUUCGUUUCAUGUGAGUUUUUACUGUUAGGAUGAUUAAGAUGUAUAUAGUACAGAAUGUUAAGUCUCUGAUUGUUUUAUGUUUGUUUGUUUCUUGACUAGCAAUGGUAGUAAAUACUUUUAAAACUAUUUUCUCAAGAUCCUUAAAGCCUCUUGGAAAUUGUAGCAUACUGACAAGAGUAGUUGUUUAAGUAUGAUUUAACAACUUGUAAGAGUCAGUAAGAAUAAAAUCAAGCUAAAAUGCUUCAUAGAACACAGGAUUUACCUUAAAUAAUUAUCAUGAUAAGACCUCUUAUAGAGACUGGUCUAUUUUACUACAGAGAACAGUUUGGGAGUGAAACUGUUACAAUUUAGACUUUUUGUUGUAUUUUCUAAGAGAAAGAGUAUUGUUAGGUUCUCCUAACCUCUGUUGACCACUAUGGUAAGUGAUGUCAUUUUAAUUGCAAAUUUAAAUAGAAAAUAACAGAAUUAAGUAAAUGACUACCCUUUUUUCUCUUUCCUUUUUUCAUGAAAAUCCUUAGUUCUUUGUAUUGCCUCCUACUUAGGUUCAGUUAUAUAGUCAUUAAGUUGAGCUUGAUCUAAAUUGACUAAGUUUUAAAUUUAAAUUUACAUUUAAAGCAUUCUACAAGGGGAUGAAAGUGUUAAUUUUAAGAAAAUUUUUCUAAGACUCUUUAGGUACAAGUCACGUAGGUAGUUUGUUUAAUCUAGUUGUUAGCUAAGGAUUCAAGGACUGAAUUGUUUUUGAAUAAGGCUUUUCAUGUUCUGGGAGCCUCAGUUCAUUUAAAACUCUCCUUUUAAAACUUGUGUGCUGAGAGUUAAGCAAAACCUCUUUUUCUUUCUUUUUUUUUUUUUGUCUUCAUGAGUUGCAAAAUUGAAUUCGUGAAGCUGAUGCGCUAACAGGUUUAUUUUAAGAAUUGUUUAGAAAAUGCUGUUGCUUCAGGUUCUUAAAAUCACAGCGCUCCAAUUCUAAUCAAAUUGUUGGAGGCUUACCAGAGUUGGUCUGAGCUCAUACUAGGAAAAAAAAGCCAGCGGAUCCUUUCCAAUAUAGCUGUGCAAAAAUUGCUCACUUGGAAGGUCAAAAUAUAACCAGAUCCAGAUCACCCCUGAGUGUUGGUGUUCUUUUCUGUAUAAAGUUCACUCUAGGAUUUUGAAGUAACCACCUAUUUUACUACAUACUAGUCAUGUGAAAUUUGAUGUUAUUUUGUAAUAAAUAGCUAAUUUUAUUUGUAAUUCAUUGUGUUGAUCAAAACUUUUGUGAAUGUUUGGCAUUUAUUAAAUAAAUAGAGUUUAUUUGGUUAAUGGCUUAGUAUUCCCUUUCCUGCUAGAUUUUGCCUCUUCCUUUGGUUAGGGGUAGAGGUGAGGUGACUGUAGUAAGUGAAUAUAAUGUGGCUAUGUUAUGGCAUUUUGUUGUUUUGGUAUUUAAAAUGUGUAUUUUUCUGUUUUAAUUUUAGUAGGUAAAAUUUAUAUCUUGAGCUCUCUGAAUGGAUAUUACCACUCCAGCAUUAGCUGCAUGUAUUGCUCUUAUUAGACCUAAAUCAUUGUUUUACUUCUGACUGCCUAGGUACUGAAUAAGAGAAGAGGAGAAAUGAAAUAGAUUGUAUGUCAUUGCUAUUAGAGAAAUAAGAAAAUGGAGAAAUAUUCAGCCCAUAGCAUUUUAGUCAUAUCUUUUCUUUUUAAAAAGAUAGCUAUCAGUGAAGAAAUGAGCUGGCCGUAUAGGCUUCACAGCCUGAGUUCAAAUCUCCAGAACCCACAUAAAAACUGGGUGCAAUAGCCCAAGCAUCUGUAAUCAUAGAAUGCCUAGAAAAAACAAGAAGCAGAUAGCAGAAUGUCCAGAAGUUUAAGGUCAGCUCAUUUGGCUUAGGCAUUAGAAAAGAGUCACUGUUAAACAUGGUAGGAAGGUGAGGGCCCACCAACACAGAAACCUCCACACAUGCAUCAUAGCAGGUAUCCCACCUGUACCUAGGCACAUACACAAAAGAGAAAAAAAUAGCCAUCUGUAAGAUGAGAAUGGUACCUUCACCAUCUUCUCCAAGAUGAUGGACCUCAACUCAAGAAGAGCAUAUCUUAUAAGCCGUAAAUUUAACUCCCAUGCUAAAACUUUUUAUUUCCAAGACAGGAUUUCUCUGUGUAACAGCCCUGGCUAUCCUGGAACUCACUCUGUAUGUAGAUCAGGCUGAUCUUGAACUCACAAAGAUCUACCUGUGUGCUUCUCUGAGUGCUGGGAUUAAAGCUGUGCACCCCCACUGCCCGGCAAGCCUAGACCUUCUCUGGUUUUGCUUUGAUGGAGGACCUUGGACUAAAGUGUUGAAAUAGGAGCGGCGAGGCCACCCACAUGGCUAGGUUAUGCCCCGAAAUAAUUACAUGGAAACUGUAUUUUUUAACACUGCCUGGCCCAUAAGUUCCAGUUUCUUAUUGGCUAGCUCUUACAUAUUGUUCUAACCCAUUUCUAAUAUUCUGUGUAGCCCACGAGGUGGCUUACCAGGGAGGAUCUUAACCUGCGUCUGUCUGGAAUGGGAGAAUCAUGGCGACUCCUCGACUAAGCUUCUUUCUCCCAGAAUUCUGUUCUGUUUACUCCACCCACCUAAGGGUUGGCCUAUCAAGGGGCCUAGGCAGUUUCUUUAUUAAUAAGAAAUCACUCCCACAUCACUAAAGCUUAAAAGACAGCCUGGAAAGAUAGCCACUAAGAGUACUUGCUGCUUCUGCAAAGGACCACGGUUCAGGUACCAGUACCCACAUGGUGACUUACAACUGCAGCUCUAGCUACAGGCUAUCUGGUGCCCUCUUCUGGCUGAAAUGAGCACCUACAUGCAUGUACACAUAAACAUGCACAUAUACACAUGAAAUAAUCUUUAAAUCUUAAGUGACUCAUUAACUUUUAGUCACUAUUACUCAUUUCUCUGGGUGCUUCUUAUAAUGAAGCUAAAAGUUGCAAUAAAUAAAUAGAUCAAUCCUUUAAAAUAUUUAAGUUCAUUUUUUUUAAAAAACUAGAAAAAUAUUCUUACUAAAUUCAGUUGAGUUUUUCUAAUGGAAAUACUUAUUCCCAUUGUAAUAUUUGUUUGUCUCUGAAACAUUCAGCACAACAUAGAUUUCUUCCUUACAUAAUAACAUCACAGACUAUCAGAGCUAGAAAUUACCUUAGAGAGUAGCCUGUUCACACCACCACCACCACCCUCAUUUUAUCAUAGAGGUAAGUCCCUUUACUAGGACAUAAUUUGAAGUUGAAAAUCCCUGCACCACAGCAACUACCUGUCUUGGAAAGUCUCAGAUGUUUCUUUUUCAACAAUUCCACUCUGCUCUAAUUUUCACUGCACAGUAAGUGGUGCUUUACAGUUACAGUAGGACAAUCCCUAAUAUAAAUUGAAUAAUAUUAAUGCUUGAGUGGUGACGUUCCUAUUUGGAGGCUGAAGUUUGCAGCUGUGAGUACAGGUCUUUGACAUUUACUAUGUGCUUAUGUAUCACUCGUGUAGCAUUUAAGAUUACUGUCUAAGUUUAUCCUAUCACUCUGUCAGUACUUACCAACAGGCUUGCAUUUUAAAUUUGAUGUUAAUAAUGGCUUUAAUGUUGUUUCUGGUUUUGCAUUUUUGUUAUUGUACUUCACCUGACAGAAUAACCAAUUCUUUUGUUUUGUUAGUGUUGUGAUGAAUUAUGUUAAGCAUUUUGAGACAGAAUACUAUAUUUGUGAAUAUAAUUUUAUGGCUUCUUUUCAUUUAAAGGAUACCUUUCAGUAUGGAAAUUUAUGAAAAUUGCUUUCUGCCCUAUAAUCUGUCAUUUGUUGUAGAUUAAAGCUUAUUUUUCUGUGAAUAAGACUUAUUCAAUAAAGCACUAUUCUUUAAAAUGA